AAUAAUAAUAAUAAUAUAUAGCCACAUUCCAUAAGAGCAUAGCUAGAGGCAGCAGACAAAGAGAUACCAUGAAGUUGCCUUCCACCCACUCUUACUCUCUUUUAGCUUUAUUCUUCUUCUUCCACUGCUCCCAUGCCCCACCCUCCUCCUCCUCCUCCUCUUCUCUCCAUCUUCUUCCCCUUUCAUGAUCCUCUCUCUUCUUCUUCCUCCAUCAUUGCUCUCUCUCUCUCUCUCUUCCACUCCCAUCUCAUUCCCAAUCACCUCUUUUCCACCUUCAUGCCUAACCCUAUAGCUUGAUAAGCCACUCUCUCACUCCCUUUACCCUAAUGGCCAACAUAUCAACACUCUUCCACAAGUUCCUCUCUCUCUUCCUCCUCCUCCUCCACCUUGGCUGCUUCACUUUCACCACCAACCACAAACACCCUCCAACCAAAAAACACAAGCUCUCUUCCCUUCUCUCUAAACCCACCCUUAAACCCCAAAAAGCCCUCACAGCCUCCUGGUCCUAUCUCAAGCGCAUCUUCACCUCCCCAAGAACCUGCAAGAUCACCUGCACCAACAUCAUCCAAUCCCACCUCUCCACGCCUCCUCGCUCCUCCCACCACUCCAUCGUCUCCCUCGUCCAACCCGACCCAGACUCCAAAUACCCAUCUGGUUCCUUCCCCGAAUCCGACAUUUCGGCCGCUUCCCACCCCUUCUUCCCUCUCCGAAACGAUAUCUUCCCCUGCACCGCCUGCGGCGAAAUCUUCCCGAAACCCGAGACUCUCGACAACCACCAAGCGACCCGCCACGCCGUUUCGGAGCUCAUCGACGGAGACUCGGGCAAAAACAUCGUCCGGAUCAUUUUCAAAACCGGCUGGACCGAUACCCGAAAAGCCCCCGAAAUUCGCCGGAUCUUGAAGAUCCACAACAGCGAAAAAAUCCUGUCGAGGUUCGAGGAGUACAGAGAGGCCGUGAAGUGCAAAGCGGCGCGAAACGGAGCCGUUCGGAGGAGGGACGAGCGGUGCAUCGCCGACGGGAACGAACUUCUCCGGUUUCACUGCUCCACUUUCGUGUGUGAUUUGGGACUCAAUGGGAAUUCCGGAAUUUGUAAUCGCGAGUACUGUAGCGUCUGUGGGAUUAUUAAAUCCGGAUUCUCACCCAAGUUGGACGGCAUUUCCACGCUGUCGAGUAGCUCCAGGGCACACGUGGCGAUCCCGGAGGACAUCGAGGAGGAGUUUGAGUUCAUGAACGUGAAGCGUGCCAUGCUUGUUUGUCGGGUAGUGGCGGGUCGGGUCGGGUGUGACUCGGAGGAGGAUCUGCAUGACGUGGACAAGGAGGGCGGCGGGUUUGACUCGGUGGUGGGGAGAGGAGGGAGUGGGGCCCACACGAAGGUGGAUGAGGAGGAGCUCUUGGUGUUUAAUCCGAGGGCUGUGCUUCCUUGCUUUGUGAUUGUGUAUACUGUGUGAGUGUUUGAUAUGUUUGGAAGUAGUAGCCCUUAUUUUAGACCAAGGAUUGUGAUUUUUUUUUUUUUUUUUGUGAUUUGCAACUGCAUAUCAGUCAUCAUGAUUUUGAUAUUUUUAUUUUUAUUUUUACAAUAGAGGUAUAAGGUAUAGGUAUGUGGAUAAUGUUUAUUUUCAUUUUCUUGCUAUCUAUAUAUAUAGGUCAUGUUUAGUCCACGAAAAGGAAUUGAGUAGAAGUCAAGAGGGGAUGGGAAAUUGAAUAUCGAUUUUUCAUAUUUGGUAAUGCUGGAAAAGUAACUGAGAAAUGUUAUUUUAUUUUAUUUCACAGUUUGAUUUGUGGAGAAAUUGGAAACACGCUUUGUUUAGUUUUAAAA